CAAAAUGAUCUACUUUCCAGAUACCUUCCUUCACUGGCUGAACAUUUUCAAAAAAUGUUGCUCCGAAUGUACUUAUUAUUAAAGAGAGAGAACAGUUCUCAGAUAGUAACAUGUAUAUUCAUCUUUUUCCAUGUUAUGAAGUCCUGCCAUACUGAAGAAAAUCAUGAGAGGCACCAUAUUCAAGAUCCCAGACAGUGUUUCUGCGGAAGACGUAGAGGAAGUAUGCCACACUAUUGAAGGCCUGAAGCCGUUCAACAGCUACAACAUUGCAGUUUCCUGCAUUCAUGAUCUUGAUGAAGGCCACUGGAGUGACUGGAGUGAGGAGACAACUGGUGUCACACUGGAGAGUGCACCCUCUAGACCACCAGAUGUCUGUUAUAAUGUGGAGAAAGUGAACAAAGACAGACCCCAUCAACUUAUGCUUAUGUGGAAGACCUUGAAUGCGCAUGAUGCCAAUGGACAUAUUCUUGGGUAUGAAGUGAGCUACAGGCAAAAAAAGCACCCCUUUUUGAGUAGGAUCGUUAACACCACAAAUCUGAAGAUGGUCUUUGAAGUGACAGAAGAGGAGUUGGAGGUUGCAGUCAGGGCAUACAAUAGUGCUGGUGGAUCUCCUUACUCUCAUAUAAAGAUUGAUCCACGUCUCUGUCAGACUGAUCUUCAGCUUGGGAAAACAUACAGAAUCAAUGUUUACCCCAUAUCUUAUGAACUGUGUGGUCCACCGAAGUCAAUCAAUGCCAACCUCAAUGGAGCACUUUUAGGGGCUGUCCGAUUGCACAUUGAGGAUGUGACUAAAGACACAGUGUCUGUACAGUGGGAGUGGCAGCAGAUGGAGGUGCACACCAAAGUUCUUCAGUACCGAGUGCUACUGAGGAUGGGGAUGACGCAAAUUGAUUCUUUUCCGGUCUGGCCAGAUGUAAAGCAGCACACAUUCUUCAAGCUACGUGCAAACACAGCCUAUUCUGUUCAUUUAGUAGUGGAGACUCCUAAUGACAACAUUUCAAGUGAAAUUAUUCCUAUAAAAACUAAUGAUUUUGAUUUUAGUGAAAGAAUUAUUUUCACAGCCUGUGGAAUCCUGCUGCUGAUUCUUAGCAUUGGAAUUAUCUUCAUGUUAUACAGAAUUGUGUAA